AUGAGGUUGUACAAUGCCUGUGUGUCUGCCAGGCAGACGAGGCAGCGGAUCUUACAGCCUAGCUGGCCCAGAUUACCCUCACAGCAAUCGAGACCAUUUCACCGCGACCACAAACAGGUCACUCCCGAUUUUGCUUUUGCUUUUGAUAUAGACGGAGUGCUGGUGCGGAGCGCCAACCCCAUACCCCAUGCAGCCUCGACGUUGCAAUUCCUCCAGCGAAAUUCUAUCCCUUUCAUCCUCCUCACGAAUGGUGGCGGCAAGCACGAAUCCGAGCGUGUCAGGGACUUGACCGACCGACUCUCGGUGCCACUCGAUACCUCCAUGUUUGUCCAGUCACAUACACCUUUCGCGGAAUUGGUUCAUGGUCAAGAUAGCCUGCGUCAUAAAUGCAUUCUCGUCCUCGGUGGAGAUGGAGGUCGAUGUCGAGAUGUUGCAGAAAUGUAUGGCUUCACCAAUGUUGUCAUUCCAGGAGAUAUCUAUGCAGCACAUCCAGAAAUAUGGCCCUUUAGCAGGCCCUUCAAAGACGUUUAUUCCACCUUUGCUCGUCCACUACCCAAACCUAUCAACCCAGAGUCACCAGAAGACAGUCUCAAGUUUGAUGCCGUCUUUGUCUACAACGAUCCCCGUGAUUGGGGUCUCGAUAUCCAGGUCCUCAUCGAUGUGCUGCUCUCCAGGCAAGGAAUCAUGGGCACAUACUCGUCCAAGAACGGAGAUGCAUCAUUACCGAAUUUCGGCUACCUUCAAGACGGCCAACCCCCCCUCUAUUUCUCAAACCCGGAUCUUCUCUGGGCAGCCAAGUACCACUUAUCACGUUUCGGUCAGGGCGGUUUUCGUGAGGCUCUAGAAGGGGUCUGGCGUGCCGUCACAGCACACAGUGGGGGCAAUCCGGAACUCUACAAGACCGUGAUUGGGAAGCCCUAUAAGGAGACAUAUUCAUUUGCAGAAAAACGUCUGCUAAACCAUCGUGCUACUUUAGUCGAUAGUCAGGCCGCUCCUAGACUGCGCAAAGUAUACAUGGUUGGCGACAACCCCGAGAGUGACAUCCGAGGUGCAAAUACUUAUGAAUCUCCGCACGGGAUCGAGUGGGUGAGUCUAUUGACUCGCACUGGUGUCUUCAAGGAUCGGCCAGGACAUAAGCCUACGUAUGAGCCAAAGGCCAUUGUAGACGAUGUCAGGGCUGCUGUACAAUAUGCAUUGAAAGACAGCAAUUGGCAUAAUACACUGGAAUAG